UUCGCGCCAAAACUAAACAGUGCAGUGCACCUUGAUUGUCUUAAACUUUUGAUGCUGUUUAUAAAUUUCUAAAACAUUUAAGAAUGUCUACGCCGUCAAAACGUCCAUCAUCUCGGGCAUCGUCAGAAGCGGCCACUCCAUCACGUAGAACUAGAUCUUCACAACAAUUAGUGGUUCCUGAAACGCCACAACAGUCAACCGGCACCCCCUCAAAUGAUGGAACUCCAGGUGGUGCUCGUGAGAAUCCCAAUGCGACUCCUCGCACUCCCAGAGGUCAGGUGCUGGCCUCAUCACCGGCUCCACACCUAGGCUCCAGUCCUCUUGGGACAGACAUAGACAUGAGCUCUCCAUUGAAUUAUGGCACACCCAGUUCUCUAAGCACACCACGCUCGUUAUUGCGUAGUGUGGGCACUCCUGCAAGACCGAGGGCGGAUUUACGAGGGCAUCAGUUCGGAAGGAAUGUGCCAGCACCAACACCAACUAAGAGACCAGAUGAAACAGGUGAUGUUGACUCAGGAGAGCCGCAGCUUGUGGUGUGGGGUACAGAUGUGGCCAUCGCUGAGUGCAGAGACAAGUUCAUAAAGUUUGUGCAGCGUUUUGUUGAACCGGAUGCUGUUACAAAUGAACCUCUGUAUGAAACUAAGUUGGAAGAGAUACACACUUUGGAAGAACCAUUCUUGGAUGUAGAUUGUGAACAUGUCAAAACAUUUGAUGCAAAACUUCAUCGUCAACUUGUAUGUUAUCCUCAAGAGGUUGUUCCAGCUUUUGAUGCAGCGGUUAAUCAAUUAUUCUUUGAAAAGUAUCCAGCGGCUAUUUUAGAACAUCAGAUACAAGUCCGACCUUACAAUGCCCCGCAGAGACAUAUGAGGGAUCUAAAUCCUGAAGAUAUAGACCAAUUGGUAACAAUAUGUGGUAUGGUGAUCCGUACAUCGGGUAUAGUGCCGGAGAUGCGAGAAGCGUACUUCCGUUGUGCGGUGUGCGGUGCAGGCGCAGCUGGAGAGUUGGAGCGAGGUCGUGUAGCUGAGCCCGCUCACUGCACACAUUGCAGUACAGCACAUGCCUUCCAACUUAUACACAACCGCUCACAUUUCAGUGAUAAACAACUGGUUAAGCUGCAGGAAGCACCAGAUGAUAUGCCAGCUGGUCGUACACCGGCUACAGUGGCUGUGAUGUCACACGGUGCAUUAGUGGAGGCUGUGGGUGCGGGAGAGCGAGUACGCGUCACUGGUGUAGUACGCGCCUCACCUGCAGCUGCUCAUCCACGUCGCUCCACACUGAGAGCACUGCAUCGUACACAUAUAGACGCACUACACUACCGACCCAUCUGUAGUGACAGGAUGCUGCAUACUGAUGACAAUCAGGAGAACCGUUUCCCUGCGGAGCGUGUGGAGAUGCUGCGAGCGUUGUCGCGGCAGGUGGACUGCUACGAGCGGCUGGCGCGAGCCAUCGCACCCUCCAUCUACGAGAACCUGGACAUCAAGAAGGGCGUCCUGCUGCAGCUGCUCGGCGGCACCAAGAAGAACUUCAACGCGGCUGGACGUACACAUUUCAGAUCAGAGAUCAACAUCUUGUUGUGCGGAGACCCGGGUACGAGUAAGUCACAGCUGCUGCGUUGGGUACACGGGCUGGUGCCGCGCGCUCAGUAUACCUCCGGCCGUGGCUCCUCCGCUGUCGGUCUCACCGCAUACGUCUCCAAGGAUCCUGACACACGACAGCUGGUGCUGCAGACUGGAGCUCUGGUGUUAGCUGACAAUGGUAUUUGCUGUAUCGACGAAUUUGACAAAAUGAACGACUCCACUCGCAGUGUAUUACACGAAGUGAUGGAGCAGCAGACGCUAUCGAUAGCGAAGGCUGGUAUCAUCUGCCAGUUGAAUGCUCGCACCUCAAUACUGGCGGCUGCAAAUCCAGCUGAGUCACAGUGGAACAAAAACAAAACUAUCGUAGAAAAUGUACAACUACCGCAUACACUCAUGUCCAGGUUCGAUUUGAUCUUCCUAGUACUGGACCCUCAGGAUGAGGCAUUCGACCGCAGGUUGGCGGCACAUCUCGUCUCCCUCUACUACAAGGACCCCGCAGACGCGGAACAAGACGAGGAUAUGAUUAAUACGAGCUUGAUGCGGGACUUCAUUGCGUACGCUAAGGAGUACGUACAUCCCGUACUGAGCGAGCCCGCACAGCAGCGACUAAUAGACGCAUACGUCGAUAUGAGACGUGUGGGUAGCGGUCGUGGUCAUAUAUCCGCAUACCCGCGACAGUUGGAGUCCCUCAUCCGUCUCGCGGAGGCGCACGCUCGCGUCAGACUAUCUCCUAUUGUUGAAAUUAUUGACGUAGAUGAGGCAGCUAGGCUGCAUCGCGAAGCUCUCAAGCAAUCAGCAACAGAUCCUGCAUCAGGUCGUAUAGACGUGGGCAUCCUGACUACUGGCCUGGGGGCUGCGGCGCGGCGCCGGCGAGCUGACCUCGUGACUGCGCUGCGGGAACUCAUCAAACCCUACUCCAAACCUCACACCAUCACACAUGCUAAACUACUGCAAGAUGUUAAUGCAGCCUCACAACUUAUGGUGUCUCGUGAGCAACUGGACGAAGCACUCCGUGAUCUGCAGGACGAGGGUAAGGUGACGGUGGUCAGUCACACGCACUUACGUCUCUGCUGACCCCAACACAAGCAUCUCAUCUGACUGUCGUGUCCAGCUGAACCAGCCACUGGUCC